AUGGACGACAACGAACUCAACACGUUCUUUCGCGAAGCCUCUGCGACAGAGCCCGUGGUGUUCGUCAAUGGCCGGCGGUUCGUGCUCCCCGUAGGUCACGCCGACACCACGCUGCUGCAGUUCCUGCGCGACAAUGGCCUGACAGGCACGAAGCUGGGGUGCGGGGAGGGCGGGUGCGGUGCGUGCACUGUAAUGGUGUCGCGGGUAGACGCUAGCACGGGCAGGAUCAGAGGGCGAGUGGGGGGCGUGCGCUGUGAUGGCGAGUGGGGGGCGUGCUCUGUGAUGGUGUUGCGGGUAGACGCUAGCACGGGCAUGAUCAGCCACUGUGCCGUCAACGCGUGCCUGGCCCCUCUAUACAGCGUAGAAGGGGCAGCUGUGGUUACAGUGGAGGGCAUCGGCAGCAUGCGGGGGAGGCUGCAUCCGGUGCAGGCGGCACUCUCCUCCUCCCACGGCUCACAGUGCGGCUUCUGCACGCCUGGGUUUGUCAUGUCCAUGUAUGCCCUGCUCCGCUCCUCCUCCUCUGCUGCCUAUACCUCUGCCUCCUCCUCCGCCUCCUCCUCUGCCUCCUCCUUUGCUGCCCCAGCCGCCUCUGCUUCCUCUGCUUCCUCUGCUUCCGCUGCGUCCUCCUCCUCCCUGUUGCCUUCCGAAGGUGAGAUAGAGGAGGCGAUAUCAGGCAACCUGUGCCGCUGCACCGGCUACCGCCCCAUUCUCGAGGCCUUCCGCACCUUUGCUCGCGCCGACGCUGCUGCCUAUGCUGCUGACGCUGCCGCCAAUGCUGCUUCUCAUGGUGCCUCAAACAUGUCUCUUCGGGAUGGUCUUGUUGACGGGCAGCUUGGGGCAGCAGUUUGCCCUUCCACUGGCCUUCCCUGUUCGUGCGGGAAAACCGGCUCCACCCCCACUGCUAGCAGCAGCAAGGAAAGGAGCCGGGCGGUGUGGUUCCGGCCAAUCACGCUGCGCCAGCUGUUGGCGCUGCGAGAAGUUUUUCCUGCAGCCAAGGUGGUGGCGGGAAACACGGAGGUCGGGGUGGAGAUGCGGUUCAAGGGGCUCAGCCCUCCAGCCUACAUCCACGUGGCAGCCAUCCCUGUGCUCUCAGAGAUCAGCCAAUCAGAGCACGGGAUCACCGUGGGGGCAGCAGCCUCCCUGUCCGCCCUGCGCCAAGCCAUGCUAUCAGCAGUGCAGCACGCACCAGCUCACAAGACGGCUGUGUGUGCUGCUACAGCAGAGCAGCUAAGGUGGUUCGCGGGAGUACAGAUUCGCAACGUGGCAACGCUAGCUGGUAACAUCGUAACAGCCAGCCCCAUAUCCGACCUCAACCCCAUCCUCAUCGCUGCCAACGCGACAUUCCACCUCGCCAGGCUGGCACCCAAGGCCGCUGACGCGGCAGAUGCUGACGUGGACAAGGCUCAGCACGCCACCCGUCCAAUCGAGCUGCGACAGGUGGCAGCACGGGACUUCUUCAAGGGUUACCGGAAGGUGGAUUUGAGGGAGGGAGAGGUUCUUACUGCCGUGUUCAUCCCGUGGACUCGGCCCAACGAGCACAUAAUGGCGUACAAGCAGGCACACCGCAAGGACGACGACAUUGCUCUCGUCAAUGCUGCCCUGCGCGCGCUGCUCUCGCCUCCCAACCGAGACGCCCCUCCUACUGUCCUCGAAUGCUCGCUCGUCUUCGGAGGAGUGGCAGCAACAACCGUGUCAGCCCACCGCACGCAACAACACCUUCUCACCCGCCCAUGGACUCAGGAGACUCUUCAGGUGGCGCUUCAGGUGCUUCAGGAGGAGAUAUCCGUACCUGAGGACGCACCUGGAGGCAUGCCUGAGUUCAGGGGGUCUCUCGUUCUCUCUUUCUUCUUCAAGUUUUUUCUGCUCGUGGCCCACCGCAUGAACGGACAUACUCAACAGCAGCUGCUGCGAGGGAAAAUGGUAACGGAGGCAGAGGGAGGGGCAGGGGCGGAGGGAGGGGCAGGAACAGGCUCGGAAGAGGGCGCUGCUACUGGCAGUGCUAGUGAGGGAGGGAAGGAGGAUGGAGAGGAGGUGGUGGGAGUGCCGGCUGUUCACCUCUCUGCUGACUUACAGGUGACAGGGGAGGCAGAAUACGCGGAUGACACGCCUCUCCCCCCCUCCGCCCUGCACGGGGCUCUCGUGCUCAGCACACGCCCCCACGCCCGCAUACUCUCCAUCGACCAAUCAGAGGCCGCCACCUGUCCGGGCUUCGUGGGGAUGUUUGGGGCCAAGGAUGUGCCCGGUAGCAACCGGUUUGGUGCGGUGGAGCACGAUGAGGAGGUGUUCGCAUCGGAGAUUGUGCAAUGUGUGGGGCAGGUACGAGCGGGGUGGUUAGGUAUGGGUGUGGGGCAGGUGAACGUGGGGCAGGCGGGUGUGGGGCAGGUAUGGCUGGGGCAGAUAAUUGCAGUGGUUGUUGCCGACACUCACGACAACGCUCGGGCAGCCGCAAAAAAAGUCAAGGUGGUCUACGAGGACCUGCCCGCCAUCCUCACCAUCCAGGAAGCCCUUGCUUCGGGCAGCUUCCACAAAUUCCCGUUCUCGGGCGGGCAGACCGAAAGAAACCUCCUCAGGGUCCCGAACCCCCCUGGGAAAACCGAUCAAGAAAAGGGCUCAAAAGAGAACAACAAAGUCAAACCUUCCCCGGCCGAUUCAGCAAGCUUCCAAGUGCUCGCCGCCCGGACCGGGUCCACCGUCUCCCCUGCUGACGUGGAAUCCGUCCUUGCUGACGCAUCCCAAUGCCCAUUGGUUCUCGAAGGCGAGGUGGCAAUGGGCGGGCAGGAGCACUUCUACCUCGAACCAAACACCUGUGUGGUCUGGCCUGUGGACGGGGGAAGGGAAGUCCACAUGCUCUGUUCCACGCAAGCCCCCACACACCACCAGAAGGACGUUGCUUCUGUUCUUGGGAUUCCCAUGCACAGGGUGGUUUCGCGGGUUAAGAGGCUGGGAGGGGGGUUCGGGGGGAAGGAGACGCGGAGUGUGCUGGUGGCGGCGGCGGCGUGCGUGCCGGCGUGGCGGUUGAAUAAGGCUGUGCGGGUUACGCUGGAGAGGGAUGAUGAUAUGAAGGUCACGGGGCAGCGACACCCCUUCUACGGCAAGUAUAAGGUGGGUGCGAUUGCGGUUUGUCAGAUUCAAGAACCUCUUCUUCCCUCACCUGCUCCCCUCCCCCCCUUCUCCACCCGUCCCCCUCCCCCUUCCCCUUAUUCCCUCUCUCCCCUCCCCUUCGCCCCUCUCCCCCCUCUCUCCCCCACCCCCACCCUCCUUGAACAGAUGGGCUUCACACCCGCGGAGGCACAUGGCUCGCACGCACCUGCUUGCCCCCCGCUCAACCCUCCUCCCUCCUUUUCCCGUCCUCCUCUCACCCGCUCUGGACAGGUAGGCUUCACCCCUUCUGGUCGCCUUGUGGCUCUCCAAGUCCUGCUCCUGUCCAACGCCGGCUGCACUCUCGACCUCUCAGCAGCAGUGCUAGAGCGAGCCCUCUUCCACUGUGACUCCGUCUACUCAGCACCACACAUGCACGCCCGGGGCCGCAUGGCUCGCACGCACCUGCCGUCCAACACGGCGUUCCGGGGCUUCGGUGGGCCGCAGGGGAUGAUGGUGAUGGAAAGUGCUAUCGAUCACGUGGCGAGGAGCCUUGGGAAGAGUGCGGAAGAAAUCAGGUUUUUGAAUCUCCAACCAGAGGGCUACACACUGCACUUUGGCCAGCCGCUGACGCACAACCCGAUGCACCGAAUCUGGACGCAGUUACUCCAUUCUUCCUCCUUUGAAUCCCGCCGACUCGACAUCGACACGUACAACUCAACAAGCCGGUGGCGAAAGAAGGGCCUUGCUAUGAUCCCCACCAAGUUUGGCAUUUCGUUUACGGCCAAGUUUCUGAACCAGGGCGGGGCGCUGGUGCACGUGUACACGGACGGAACAGUGCUGGUGACACAUGGAGGGGUGGAGAUGGGUCAGGGGCUGCAUACCAAGUGCGCUCAGAUUGCUGCUCGGACGCUGGAAGUACCGCUGUCGAAUGUGUUUAUUUCUGAAACCAGCACGGAUAAGGUACCCAACACUUCCCCCACAGCCGCAUCAGCAUCGUCAGACAUCUACGGGCAGGCGGUUUUAGAGGCAUGUGAGGAGAUCAAGCGGCGGAUGGCGCCGAUCAGGCAGCAGUACCCUGAGGAGACUUUUGGGCAGAGUGCCGAUCGGUGUUACAGAGAGCGAGUAAACCUGUCAGCACAGGGAUUCUUUGCCACUCCAAACAUCGGAUUCGACUGGGCAACAGCCUCCGGAUCUCCCUUUGCGUACUUCACCUUUGGAGCAGCGGUGGCGGAGGUGGUGGUAGAUGUGCUCACAGGGGAGUGGGUGGCGCCGCGAGUGGAUGUUCUCAUGGACGUGGGGCGGUCACUCAACCCGGCUAUCGACAUUGGGCAGAUAGAGGGAGCGUUCGUGCAGGGAAUGGGGUGGUCGGUGAUAGAGGAGAGCAAGUGGGGCGACAGCGCCCACCCAUGGGUGGCGCCAGGCUCUCUCUUCACGUGUGGCCCCGGCACGUACAAGAUCCCGGCUGCCUCUGACAUUCCCACUGACUUUAGAGUCACCCUGCUGGCGGACUCCCCCAAUCCGCACGCAGUUCUCUCCUCCAAAGCAGUCGGCGAGCCGCCCUUCUUCCUCGGCUCAUCAAUCAUGUGGGCCAUAAAAGACGCAAUCUACGCUGCCCGGAAGGACGCCGGCCACACUGGCUUCUUUCGUCUAGACUCUCCCGCCACACCAGAGAGAAUCCGCCUGGCAUGUGCUGAUCAGCUGACAGAGCCGUUUUGUGGGCCGAAUGUUGUGCCACGGCUUAGCGUGUAA